AUGUUAAAGAUCAAGCCUUGUCUAUUCAAAACACCAAGAAUCUACCAUUUUCGUGCUUAUAAUACCAAAAAUAUUAUUCGCGGUAAUAUUAUUACCGUCAACAAUUACAUUAAAUCUAACAAUCAUAAUCAUAAAUAUCAUGAUAGUGAAAUUAAAAGGCGAUUAUACGGAACAAAAGGAUACGGAUCCGUACUAACAGAUUCAUCAGAAUCGAAAAAGGAUCCGACCGAAUCACAUUCUCAAGAUGCUAGUGGACGCCGUGAAUCGGUACUCGAAAAUGAUGAAAAAGAAAAAGGAAAGGCUAAUAUGGAUCCUGUGACAUCAGAUGGUCUUUCACCUCAACAAUCGGCUGACGAUAGUAAUAAGGAAAAAAAAUCAAAGUCAUCCCCAGGUUCAGCUCAAAAGCAGCCACAACAAGAGCGAGAUCCUGAAGAUGCACCAACUCCAUACGAUAGUCAAGCUCCUGCUGCAUCAGAGUCAUCGUCACCAUCUGAAACCUUUGAUCCUGUAAAAAAGAAAUUUGUUCCUGUUUCAGAGGAGAGAUAUAAGAAUAAAACCGAAAAGAACGACAAAAACAAAAAGAACAAAGAAGUUGAUCUUGGUAGUCUUAGUGAUGGUCAUGCAGGCGCUGCUACUAGUGGUAAACGUGCCAAUCGUAAAAACACUAACGGCGAUUUGGUCGCGGAAAUACCAUCAAUUCAAAGUGCUGGAUAG